AUGGAAGGAGAAAUAGGGUUACCGUCCAAUUAUGAUCAUCUGCAGCAGGAGCUCUCUUUUUCUGUUUCUCAUGAAAUGGGGUUUGUACAGUUUGAGGAUCAUAAUCAAGCCAUCACCCUUUUGGAGGCACCCUCACAAUCUUCUCCGGUGCCACGGCCUCUUCACUGUGGUGGUGGAGGCAGCAUUAUUAAGCCAACCACCAACAGCAGUGGUGGCUCUCUAGGGUUCAGCCAUAAUGAACUUCUGAAUCGACCUUCGUGGGCUAACGUCGACCAGGUAGGCACAGCGGAUCCCAAGGCUGUUAAUGAUGAAAACUGCAGUGGUAAUGCCAACGAGGAUCGGAAUUCAUGGUGGAGUUCAUCCUUAGAGAAGAGAAAGGGCAAGUUAAGGAGAAAGCUGAGAGAGCCAAGGUUCUGUUUCCAGACAAGGAGUGAUAUCGAUGUGCUUGAUGAUGGUUACAAAUGGAGAAAAUAUGGCCAGAAGGUCGUCAAGAACAGCCUUCAUCCCAGAAGUUAUUACCGAUGCACAUAUAGUAAUUGUCGAGUCAAGAAAAGGGUUGAAAGGCUGUCUGAGGAUCGUCGAAUGGUAAUAACAACGUACGAAGGUAGACACAACCAUUCUCCUUGCGAUGACUCAAACUCAUCUGAAAAUGAGUGUUUCACCUCAUUCUAA